UCAAUAAAAGAAAUGGAAUUGUAGUUUAUCUAUACAUACACAUUCGGACCGCAUAUGGGGUGCUGAUUACAUGAUUUGAAUUGUUCAACCGAUGUCUUCGUAUAUCUAGAUAUAAUUUGAACGAUUCAAAGUAUUUUUGAUCGACUUUUCUUAAGGUUGAAUUAUCCAUUCUUCGAUGAGAUAGUUAAGAAAAAGUCCACCCAAUAAUUUAGUGUUUUCGAAGAUAUAUCGCUUAUAAAAGAAGUGCAAAAAUUCAUAUCGUGCAUAAGUGCGAGGAGUAAAAUCAAAAUGGAUGAAAAGGAAAUUGGUCUACGUGGAAUGAAGAAGUUCUUGGAAGAACUUGAAUUUGCUGCGAAUUUGAAAGAGGUAGAUCUGAUUUCAACGCACAAAGAGAUCGAAUCUCAACAAUCGCAAAACAUAUUUAUAAUGCGUCAUGCGGAAAGAGUGGAUUUAGUUUUUGGAGACUGGGUAUCAUGUUGUUUCGACGAGAAAGGAGAAUAUCUUCAGAAAGAUUUGAAUUUACCUGCCUCUUUACCAAACAGACAUCUAGGACCUCAGAGUUAUACUCUCGACACGCCCAUAACUAAUGUUGGAAAAUUCCAAGCCAAGUCGAUGGGCAAAAAUUUCAAAGCAAAAAAUAUCGCAAUUGAUCAUGUGUACUGCUCUCCAGCCUUCAGAUGUUUGCAAACCUGCGAUGCUUUUCUGAAGGGUAUAGGUAGAAAAGAAACGGUGAAAAUCCGUAUAGAACCCGCUCUGUUUGAAUGGGUCCACUGGAUUGGCGACUUUCCAAAACUAAUGUCUGCAAAUGAGUUAAUUGCAGCCGGCUUCAACAUAGAUACUGAAUAUAAAUCUUUCAUGAGUGAACAGGAACUGCGGGAUAAUGAGGAGAGUAUGGAACAACAUUAUGAAAGGAGUUACGCUUUUAUGAAGAAAAUAAUUGCAACACAUCCAAGUGGUAAUUGUUUGCUUGUGGGGCAUGCCACAACGUUGGAUACGUGUUCAAGAAACCUUUUGAAUGGGAAAUGGUUAACCACAAAUGAGUUACUGACACUGGCUGGUCAUAUCUCAUACUGCAGCUUAGUUCAAUUAACUCGCAAUAAAGAUAAUAAUUGGAAACUUGUUACCCCUCCUUGUCCAUCAAUGUCUUAUGGUAAUAACAAGCAGUUCAAAUGGAAAGUUUUGCUGGAUAAAUAUUGAGUGAAAUGUUCAUAGUAGAAAUUAAUACUUCAAUAAUUCCUGUUUGCAUUAGUUAGAAUCAAUAAAUGGGUAGUGAAAUCGUUUGAAAAAAUUGAGAGUAUGUAAAUAAUCUUUAUAUUCGUAUAUAAAAUAUCUCAAGUAUU